UAAUUACUGAACAGUUUAUUGUGUUCUUGUGAUAAACAUUCCAUGAACUAUUGGCGAACCUUAUUUCACAGAGGAAACUAGGGUUAGGAAACUAAAACAGUUUUCUUAAUUUGUACCAGUGGUUAAAUCAAAUUCUAGAGGCUUGCUUUUAUGACAGAUUAAAUUGAAGAGGAUCUACAAAAGCAUUUUGCCUACAAUGGGUGAUGACAUAAGUAAGGUAAUCAGACUGUUAACAAGUUGUACAUUCCUAGUUUUUGGCGUGACUAAGUUAUAUCCAGUGUCUACAGACAGGUUUGAGGAACUUGUAAAAGUGAUAGCUUACUGUAAUUUAACUGACAGAGAUUCCUCUAUUAAAAUAAUAACAACUCUAGCCUGGCUGGAAAUAGGUGCUGCCUAUAUAUUCUUCACACAUCACGGUUAUCAUAAAGAGAAGGGGUGGUUCUCAUUGUUAUACCUGAUUUUUAUAGGCAUUGUCUCCUACGUUAGACAUCAUACAGGAAUGCUUCAAUUUCCGCUCAUGUUAAACGCUUACCUUGGUCUGAUAUUGGUUUAUCAAGUGUGGCAACAUAGGAGAUCAUUAUUCUAACCAAAAUAUUCAUUUUUUGUAAUAUAGUUAUUGCAGUCUAAUGAACAAAUUGGGUCUCAACGUUCUUUCGUUCGUAUUUUUUUUUUUACCUCGAUUUAAUAUUCGAUUGUCGGGUGUGACCACAUAGUAAAUCAUUAUUUUGACCAAAAUAUUAAUUUUUGUUACAUGUAUGAACAAUAUAAAUAUUAGUUAUGUGCAGACUGACAAAGGGAUGCCAAAGAAUAAACGCUGUGAAAUCAUGUGACAUUCAAGAAGCACAUUAAGUCAGUUCCAGCCACGUUGCUAUCAGAGGACUAAACAAAACAUACCAGUAAAUACGCUCAUAGAAAAUAGACAACCAUAGAAAAUGACAAUCAUAGACAAAAGAAAAUCGAAGAAAAUAGACAACCACAGAAAAUAAAUAACCAAAACAAAAGGCAACCAAAGAAAAUGGACAUAAAUGAGAAAAAUUGUUGUGAGCAUGUUGGAAUUCUAUCAAAGAUAGCAUAUUGUACAAUAACAUGCAAUUGAAAAAAUAUAUAUUUCUUAU